AUGUUUUCUCUACCAUGUAGAAAUAUAAGAAGGAAGCUACCUCCUAAACAGUAUUUAACAUUUGUGAGGUGUUACGAAAUACCGAAACACUUGGUGAAAGUGGCCACCGAUCCCGACCCUAGCUUCUACAGGAUGGUGGAAUACUUUUAUCAUUCAGCGGUGAAGGUGUGCGAGCCCGCUCUAGUGGAAUAUCUGAAGAAACAUACCCACUUUUCAGACAAGAAGAGAACAAAUCGGGUAGCCGGUAUAUUGAAGGUUAUGGGUUCGUGCAACAGUUCCCUCCAGUUCGAGUUUCCGCUGCAGAGGAAGAGUGGUGAAUACGAGAUUAUACACGGCUACCGCUCACAGCACAGCGUGCACCGACUGCCCUGCAAAGGAGGAAUUAGGUUCUCGGACGAAGUCGAUCUGGGGGAGGUCAAAGCGCUGGCCGCACUUAUGACUUACAAAUGCGCCUGCUCCAAUAUACCGUUUGGAGGUGCUAAAGGAGGAGUGGCGAUCGAUCCGAAAAAAUAUACGGUAGCUGAACUACAAAGGAUCACGAGGCGGUACACAUUGGAGUUGGCUAAGAAAAACUAUAUAGGUGCCGGGAUAGACGUGCCGGCUCCGGAUGUGAACACCUCUGGCAGAGAGAUGUCGUGGAUAGUGGAUACUUACAUCAAAACUCUAGGAUACAAGGACCUGAACGCAGCGGCUUGUGUAACCGGGAAGCCGAUCCACGGCGGCGGCAUCCGUGGACGAGUGGAGGCGACAGGACGUGGCGUGUUCAUGACCAUCAGCACCUUUAUACACGAACCUAAAUAUAUGCAGAUGAUCAACCUUGAACCGGGAUUCAAGGGCAAGACGGCCAUAAUCCAAGGGUUCGGUAAUGUCGGCAGCUACGCGGCGAUGUACCUGGAGCAGCACGGAGUUAAGAUCAUUGGGGUUUUGGAAUACGACUGCAACCUCGCCAACAGUGACGGGAUCAAGGCGAAGGAACUUCACAAUUACAAAAUGAACAACAAAGGCAGCGCUAAGGGAUUUACAGGCGCUAGGGAAGUCGGCCCGGAAAUUAUAUUCGAAAAAUGCGAUAUCCUGAUUGUGGCUGCCAAGGAGAAGACCAUCACCGUAGACGUUGCUAAGAAGUUAAAUUGUAAGAUUAUAGGCGAAGGUGCGAACGGGCCGACGCUGCCGGCCGCCGAUGUAAUACUUCGUGAGAAGAAAAUCCUGGUGCUGCCAGACUUGCUGGCUAAUGCAGGAGGCGUCACCGUCUCCUACUUCGAAUUCCUGAAGAAUCUCAACCAUGUCAGUUUCGGGAAACUAAGCAUCAAGUUCUGGAGAGAUUCCAAUACAGCCCUAUUAGAUUCCGUUGAAAAAUCUCUAAAGGAGGCCAACGUGGAGGCGAAGGUAGUCCCCACGGAGCUGUUCCAGACGAUGAUGUCCGGCGCUAGCGAGAAACACAUUGUCAAUUCAGGCCUCGAGUAUUCAAUGACGAAUGCCUGUCUGAACGUAAUGAGAGCAGCCAAGGAAUACAAUCUAGGUCUCGAUCUACGAACAGCGGCGUAUAUUACCGCAAUAGAGAAGAUAUUUGUCACCUACGACGAACAGGGAUUAGCUAUUUAGAUAGCUAGAUGUUAUAUGUUAUUUUGUUUGCAACAUAUUACAUCAUCAUGUUAUUAAACUUUACAACAGUCAGUAGUUUUUUUUAACCCCGCCUGCGUUAACAGGAUACGCUGGCGGAGCACCAGUGAGGGAUGAUUGGUGAGGACGAAAAGGCAGGUCAGCUAGCCCAUCGUGAUGAAUACACUUGGAAUUCAGCACGAUGGUUUCCAGGGGGGACCACGGGGAAGUCGACCUGGUUGGGUAUAUUGCUAGCAAUGGGAUUCUCAGUCUCCAUUACUAACAAUCCCUUCCCCCCAUCAUCAUGUUAUUAAACUUUUCUAUCUAGCUUUAUUAGCUAUCUCUCUAGCUUUAUUAUUUCUUAAAUUGGAAUUAUCUAGAAGUAAUUCUAAACUGAAAAAUGUUAAGGUAAUUAUUGUAAAAUAAUUUGCUACAUACACUUAUUUGUAGAAUGUAUUUAAAUAAAAUAAACGACAACUUUUAUGAUAU